CAAAUGUGAAAAUCGUCCGUGAAUUGACUAUAUUAACUUAUUUAUUUUCAUAAUUUAGAUUCAUUAUUAUGGAGGCCCCUCCGAUAUUAACUUCAGUAGACAGUGAAUUAAAGAAGUACAUUUUAUGUCCAGAAAACUUACCAAUCCAUCAGUAUGAAAAAAAUCAGAAAUUUUGGUCUCGUAAGCCAAUACCGAAAGAAUUAUUAUGCUUUGAAGAAUCUCCUUCAAUUACCACACUCCAAGUUCAAAGAGAUCCAAACACUGGCCAAAUCAUGGAUUUUAAAGAAGUCUCGCUCCAAUCAGCAGGAGCUACAGCAAAAAAUUCCAUGUCAUUAAAUAGAGCUCCAGCCUCUCCAUCUGAAGCAACUAGGGGAAGUGCUUCAUUCAAACCAUUUUGGCCAGGUAGUUUUCCAGCCCCAGAGUCCUAUGUGAAUGAAGAAACUCUUUGUGAAUCUGAACCAUUACUUAAUCUACCACCUGGAUUUGAUAGAGGGCUUAUAUUCUGUAAAGACAGUAGGACCGUAUGUACUAAAGAUGACACGUUAGAUGAAAUUCAAGAAAUCAAAAAUGAUUCACCAAAUGUAGUUAAUUUACUUAAAACUGUUCUUAAAGAAGAAGAACUAUUGGGAGCAUUUGAAUCUGAAUACGCUGUUGAAGCAAAUUCUAAGACAGUUGAAGAAUUAUUACCAGAAGAAGAAGAAAUUCUGUCUAAAGAGACUCCAGUAUUACUUAUAAGUAAAGCUGUUCCAAAAAAUUUAGCUACACAUGGAAGUGAAUGGGCAAUUUUACUUGAUACAUCUAAACCUGUAACUGAUUUUAAGGAAAGAAUACCAGAAAUGGCUAUUGAAUAUACUUUCGAGUUGGACAUAUUUCAGAAACUAGCAAUUUUACAGCUAGAACAGCAUAAUCAUGUAUUUGUAGCAGCUCAUACUUCCGCAGGAAAAACAGUUGUAGCAGAGUAUGCGAUAGCGCUCUCUCAGAAGCACAUGACAAAGUCAAUAUACACUUCACCUAUUAAAGCACUUUCUAAUCAGAAAUACAGAGACUUUAAAGAAAAGUUUAAUGAUGUUGGACUAAUUACUGGAGAUUUUCAAAUUAAUCAAAAAGCAUCUUGUCUUAUUAUGACAACUGAAAUUUUACGAUCUAUGCUCUACUGUGGAAGUGAUAUUACUAGGGAUUUGGAAUAUGUUAUUUUUGAUGAGGUGCAUUACAUAAACGACAGAGAACGAGGACACGUAUGGGAACAAGUUCUUAUAAUGCUUCCAGCACAAGUGUGUGUGGUUUUGCUUAGCGCUACAGUACCGAAUACAAUCGAAUUUGCGGAUUGGUUGGGAAGAACCCAUCAAAGAAAAGUUUAUGUAGUCUCGACACAUCAAAGACCAGUACCGUUAAAGCACUUUCUUUAUACGGGUAAGGGUGGGAGUACACGGGACAAUAGGUUUAUGAUUUUAAACGCUGAUAAGUGGAUUUUAAACGGAUUUAUCAAAGCUAAAGAUUCCGUGAAAGUGGAUCCUUAUAAAAAUUUUAAUCAAAAAUUGACCCCUGCCCAAGAAAAAACCUUAUGGUCGGGAUUAAUUUCCCAUCUUAAAAAAAACGAUCUUCUUCCAGUAGUGGCCUUUACUUUUUCGCGACAAAAAUGUGACAAUAAUGCUACGAAUUUAACAAGUUUGGAUCUUACGACACAGAAAGAGAAAGCGCACAUAACCUUGUCUUUUAAUAGAUGGAUCAGAUGUUUGAAAGAACCCGAUCAAAAUAUUCCUCAAAUUAUGAAGAUGAGAGAUAUUCUAACAAGAGGAAUUGGUGUUCAUCAUAGCGGUAUUUUACCAAUCAUCAAAGAAAUCGUUGAAAUGUUAUUUCAGGAGGGAUACAUUAAGCUACUUUUUGCAACGGAAACUUUUGCCAUGGGUGUGAAUAUGCCAGCAAGAACAGUGGUUUUUGAUUCAGUUCGUAAACAUGACGGCAAAGAAUUACGUGACCUUGAAGCAGCCGAAUACACUCAGAUGGCUGGACGUGCUGGAAGACGUGGUUUAGAUGCUGAAGGAACUGUUAUUAUUCUGUGCAAACAAAGCGUUCCUCUAGAAGAAAAUCUUAAGAAGAUGAUGCUGGGUAAACCUAGUUCGUUAGUUAGCCAGUUCAGAUUAACAUAUGGAAUGGUUUUAAGUUUGCUACGUGUAGAGAGUAUAAGCGUAGAAGGUAUGAUGUCAAGAAGUUUUCGAGAAGCAGAUCAUCAGAAGAAUAUGAUUGAAAUAAGGAAAAAACUAGAAAAGGUCGAAGAAGAAUUAAAGGAGCUAUGUAGACAACAAAUUAGUACCUACUUGCGGCCUUUAGUUAAAUUUUACGAAACCGCUAGCGUUUACUUGAAUAUCAGAAAGAAUAUUAUGAAUUCUGUGAUGUCUUCUCCUAAAGUACAAAAAACAUUAAUCCCAGGCAGAUUAAUUGUAAUAACCCAGAAACAUCACGUAAACAAGCUAGCUCUCAUAUUAACUUGCAUAAGAUCCAAGCAGCAUCUAUACAAGGUUCUCGUUUUGAAUAACACACAAGAGGUAUUAAAAGAUUAUAAAGAGGAUUUCUGGUAUUAUAUGCUGAGUCUUACAGAAGAAAAAUUGUUUAGUACAGCUACUGCUGCUGAGCAUGAUAUUUUAACGGUAUCUGCUGAAGAUAUAUUUGAAAUAUCAGGAAAAACUCUAAAAAUAAACACUGAUUUGGUUAUGAAAGAUGUUGAAAAACGACAAAUGGAACGAUUUAAAUAUGAUCCAGUAGGUCAAACCUGUGUUGAAACUGUUCAGGAAUUACAUAAACUAACGAUGUUGGCCAACAACGAUAAGGGCACGUUGGAGUUCUUACAUUUUAUUAUAGAUUUAAAGGUAAACGACCAAGAACUCUAUAUGGGUCUACAAAAAAUGUAUGAAAUAAAAGACAAGUUAAUCGACCAUUUACCUAGUACGAGAAUUCCUAAUUUCGAUCGACAGUUCUGGAUUGUUUUCUCCAGAAAAUUUCUAGAGGAGAAGAAGAAAGAUUUAGAAUUCCAAUUGUCGAAUGCAAGUUUAUCUCUUUAUCCUGAUUAUGAAAAUAGAAUCGAAUUGUUACGCAGAUUAAAUUAUGUAGACGGACAAAAUAAAAUUCAGCUUAAGGGCUAUGUAGCUUGUGAAAUAGGCAUGAAUGAGUUAUUAUUAACCGAACUAAUCCUAAGAAAUAUUUUAACCAAGCUUAAAGCUGCCGAAGUAGCAUCUUUGUUAUCAGCUUUGGUGUUCAGAGGUCGAUCACAAGACGAAGCUUUUGAUGAUGAUGGAUUAACUCCUGACUUAAGAAAAGCUAUUAAAGAAAUUCAAGAUGUGCAUAGAGAAAUAGGUACAAAAGAGUUAAGUUUGGGCAUUCAGACUGAUGAGUUUCAAGAAGAAUUGAAUUUUGGAUUAGUUCAUUUUGUUUAUGAAUGGGCUACUAAUAAACCUUUUGCAGAAAUUAUGAAAUUGACAGAUAUUCAGGAAGGUAUUAUCGUGCGAUGUAUUCAACAACUAAAUGAAACUAUUAUGGACGUCAGAGAUGCUGCUAGAAUUGUAGGAGAUCCUGAACUCAAAAACAAAAUGGAAGAGGCGUCUGCAUCCAUAAAGAGAGACAUAGUUUUUACCGCCAGUUUGUAUACAUUAACAGAUCCUGUUUAGAUACUUUUACAACAUACAAAACUAAAGAGAAGAUUUUUUUACAAUAUUAUACAUCUCUAUUAAUAAUGCAUAUAAAAAUUGUUUACAGAUUUGUAACUAAUAAACUAUCUUUGGAUACGUUGUAAAUUUAUUAAAGUUUCUAAAAAAAUCUUGAAAUAUAUUGAGGAUAC